GGGAGAAAGGUGCAGAGAAAGCAGCGCAGAGCCUCACGCGAAGCGCGUUGUUGAAUGAAGAAACGAAAAGAAACAAUCAGACAUCUCUGUGAUCUCUGGUGGUGCGUCAAGUGCAGAGCCACUGCAGACAGAGAGAGAACUCUGUGCACACACUCACACCGUCUGCGCGCCUGUGUCAGUCUGUUUGUUUGUUUGUUUGUUUGUUUGUUUGUUUGUGUGUGUGUGAAUGAAUGCAGCGCAGCAGCACGUUGGCAACGAUGGCGUGUGGCUUAGGCGGCAUAGUUGACAGGGAGAUCUGCAGGGCAUACCGACAGGUGUGCCGGACGGCCGUCAGGGUGUUCGGGGCGGACCUUGAGCCUCAGCUGAUGCUGAGGGCUGACGUCAAGAACCUGCUCAGGCGGAACGAACUGGGCUUCACUAAGGAGAAACUGCUCUCGGAGGUGAAAUGAGAUGGGCGACUGCCUGGCUCGUCCGUGGCCAUGUGUGUGUGUGUGUGGGCGGUGUGUGGUGUGUUGGGUGCAGCUGAACAAUGCGUGUGUCUAUCUGAAGGAGAAUGUCGUCCAGGUGCGUGAAAGACAGACAGACAGACGGCUGACUCAGCAACUGUUGCUCCGCGUGUGUGUGUGUGUGUGUGUACGGUCGAUGCCACCGAUGAAGGUGAAGUACGAGGAAUCCCGCGACACCUACCGUGAGCAAAGCAAAGCAACCACACAAACAAACAAACAAACGAACCAUCCACUCACUCCCCCUCUCCGUCGGUCCAUGUAUGGGUCAGAGAUCCAACUACGAGAGGAUCUGCAGGGCAAAGUGAUCGAUUUGCGGACCAAAGAGGACUUCCUUGCCGAGAUGGAGAGACUGGACGAGAGGGAGAGGAGGAGGGCUGCGAAGAAAGAGAGAGCAGACAAAGAGGGCGGCGCGUCUCCAUCGGGAGAGGGGCAGACGACCGGGAAAUGACGUAUGUGGUUGAUGAAUGGCGUGCUGGUGGUGUGGUGCGGUGUGGUGUGGUGGAGGGCGGCGGUUUGAUAUGGCAUUGCAGACGAGUCCUUAUGUGCGUGUGUGAUGGAUCUUGUACAGAGAGCAUAUAUGUGCUGGUUGGUCUUGUCUGUCUUUUUUCUGUAAGUGAGAUAGAGUGGCUGGCUGUCUGUCGUGACAUCCGCUCCCAUCAAACCGAU